AUGGAAUCAUUUACAGAAGACCACUCCAAGGCGCUCCUCGCCAAAGAAUGGUUGGUCAAAGUUGACUCGCAGACUUCCACGCCUUAUCUUUUUAAAUUUUCCUGCUCUUCAGUCGAUCUAACCGCUUGCAUACUCGUCACCGACACCAAAACUGCGUGGGCCGAGGUCCUGACGAGUAAUCAGUUUGCCCGCCGGUGGCGCACGUGUAACAAGCUCUCCAUUUCUCCUUUCCCGGAUACGGAUGAAGAAGAAUCUUGGCGAGACCGUCACCUAACGCUCCUAGGUAACGCGCACUCACUCGGUGGCUUUCUGGGGCUCACGUUGGAGCUGGAAAAACCUUCCCUUGGGGACUUGGCACUUGAGUUAGAAUGCAGCAACUGGAAGUGGCGGUGGGAACCCAUCUUUCUUGGGCCCAAAUUAUCUGCUGAAAUCAUAUCAAAACAUCUCAUCAUGCCCCUCAUAAGUGUUAAUCACCUCGCGUUCUCGUCCUCUGAUGUUUUGGGUGAUCUUACGCCGGGGGAUCUCGAGAAGGCGACCGAUAAAGUUGGUCGUACUGCGAGGAGGACGGUUGACACACAUAUUAGGAACGCGCUAUCGAAGCCGCGCGUGGCGACGACCCUUCGUCGUAUGACGGCCAUGUUCAACUUCUUACCUGAACUUCCUGCGAUAAUUAUUGACACGGGAACUCCGGACCUUCGCGCGCUCACCGCAGAUAAAGUUUCAUCGCCCAAAAUAACAGCCCGAGAUACAGAGCACGGACUCCAUGAUUACGACAUGGAGCCUCUGCAAGCGCCCACGCCUCCUAAAAUGCCACAGCAGGAAGAUUCUGCCACUGAGUCCGAGUCUGAAGGGGCUGCGCCAAAGCAACGGACCCUACUCGCUUCUCCCACCCCCAGCAAUCAGCGCCGCGUCUCAGGGCGGCCUCCUUCGGCUAGCCUAUCUAAGGACGGCUCCCCGGCCCUGCCCGGCCGCAGCCGCAGUCGGACAAAAGUCCCCGCAUCAGAGUCCGAUCCCUCGCUCAUGCGUCCAAAUAAGAAGCUCAGGCCUCAGGGUUCAGAUGACGACGAUAGCGAGGAAGAGCGCAAACGACACGCAGCAGCAAUCAAGAGCGGAGCUGCCGCUAAGCGAGGGACGAGACAGCCGCUGAAACGAGGGGGGAAGCGUUUCUAAUCCCUAUCCUCGUUUUUAUCCCGGUCUCCGAGAAACCGAACAUGCCAAUGGGUAGAUAGUUUUCCUCGUCGGUGGCAAACUGACCGUAGGACUGAUUAUUGGUAUUUCGGAUACCCUGAACAUGUCGUCGUCGCUGUGUUCUUAUUUCGUAGUGAGUACGAUUCUAAUGACAAAUUCCUAAUAUGUUUCUCCAGGCCCCUCAAUGGCCAUGCCCCUAAGGCGUGCCACUUUCUUGGGGUAUUGAAUAUACCAUGACUUCCGUUUGAUGGAUCGACAUCAUUAACCCCUUUUCUGUAUAAAGAUGUGGAGCUAUCUCUACAAAUGAAAGGACUCUCAAAGAUGCUAACUGUGCCGUAAGAAUUCAAUCGUCACUGUGAGUGAGUAGCGCCUUUCGACAGAU